AGGGGAGUGAUCUAGUUAUAAUAGAUAACCUCUCCUAGAGUGGUACCAGUUGCACCCCUGAGUGUAGACAGUGACUGAAUUUAAUUAUACAAAAUGAAAACUUUGCUCUGCGUUUUCUUGGUCAUCGGCGUAGUCCUCGCCGGUGAAAAAAAAGAAGAAAAGAAGGUUGAAGACAAAAAAGUCACCAAACGUGGAGUACUUGGACUAGGCAUCGCAGGUCACGGCAUCUUGGAUGGAGGAUUGGGUCUUGGCAGAGGCGUCGGCUUGGGAGGAAUCGGUUUGGGAUCCCUCGGAAGCGGUUUGGCCGUAGGAGCUGGCGGACUUGGAGGACUCGGAGGUGCCGGUAUCGGACUUGGAGGUGUCGGACUUGGAGGCGCUGGUAUUGCUGCUGGUCCAGCAGUUGAAUUGAGCUCUCACGCUCACACCCAUACCACCAUCACCAGAAACUUGGGAUUACCCGUAGCCGCUCCAGUAGCCGUACCAGUCGACAGGCCUGUAGGUGUUCCAGUAGGAGUCGACGUACCCGUUCCAGUCGACCGUCCCUACGGAGUACCAGUUGGCAGACCCGUCGCCGUUCCAGUAGACAGACCAAUUGGAGUUCCAGUUGACAGACCAAUCGCCGUCGAUGUACCUCACCCAUACGCCGUACCCGUAGACAGGCCCGUACCUGUAGGAAUCGCAGUACCUCAUCCAGUCGGUGUAGCCAGGCCCGUGCCAAUUGGUGUACCACACCCUGUCCCUGUUCUUGGAAAAGUUCUCGUCCACCACUAAGUAAUUAAAUAGAAUUUUUUUUUGUUUAAAAUUUGGUUUGUAAAAGUACACGGUACCAACAGUAAUGUACAAAAAAUAAUCGCUAUUGAGUCAUUGUAAAUACGUCUUGAAUAAAUUAUUUUUAAAUAGUUUCUUUU